GUUUUGCCACCAGCUGGAUUUCUCCACCAGCGGGGCACUUUGUGUGGCACUGAACAGAGAGGCAGCUGGCAGUGUGUACGCGUGUUUCAAAAAUCGGACAGUCACCAAGGCCUAUCUUGCAUUGGUUGCAAAAGCCCGAAACCUUGUCGGUCAGAACUCGUAGUCCUUGAAUAUGGGUUGUACAGUGGAGAGCCAGCAACAAAAGUGCUUUUACAGCCUCUCACAGGAAGAACCCAUCAGCUCCGGGUCCAUUGCAGUGCCAUCGGGCACCCAGUUGUUGGGGACUUUACCUAUAGCUUUAAGAAGGACAAUGCUCCAUAUCGGAUGAUGCUGCAUGCAUUUUAUUUGUGUAUUCCAACCAGCAAGGAGUUUAUUGAAGUGAACGCUCCAGAUCCCUUUGUUCCCUCCUUCGACAGCAGUUGGGUCCCUCAGCAUCUUAUACACCACUUGGAUGAGGUGAUCCAGGAAUUGAAAGAGAAGGGCAUUUGGGCGGGGGAGGAAGAAAAGCAGGAAGAUCCAUCUGCUGUCCCAAGUUAUGAGGUCACAUCUGAAACAAAGACCCAAGAGAUGGAGAAACAGCAAACGCACUGCAAGCAGUGGUUAUCUGAAUGGGCACCAGAAUGAAAUGGCUACUCCUUUGCGAUUGAAAUUGAAACCAUCUCUCUUUACCCUGGGGCUUUAGAAUUUAUCCCAAAUUCUAAAUACAGACACCCUGUAGACAUCCCUGAAGGAUAUUUUGAUACGUGUAUGUACAAAACUGCCUGGCUGGCUUCCGCUUUUUUAUCAUCAAAGCACAGCUUUGACUUUUAAACUAUUUGCUUGCCAAUUUAAAUCAAACUCAUGGUUUUAACUUGUAGGGAUGUUUGAGAGAUAGCCAUCCUAUAGUCUAUCAAUGUAAUAGUAAUAUCUGUUCCAGAAUGUUAUAGUAAAUAAUACAUUUUUAAGAUGUC